AUGUGCUUUGCGCUGCGUCACAAGCCAUGUCGCAGUCGGGUCACUGACGGGCCAAGCCAGCCGCGGUCCGCACGCACCGCGCGCGCACCCGUCAGUCCAAGGCGAUUGCUUGUAAAUGCUCCCCUCUCUCCAGUCCAGGGGGGCCCACCCCCUUCACUUUCAAAAGCUGCUGUUCCGAUGCGUCUUCGCCAGCCCACCGCAUCGCCAAGGGGGCCGGACAGGACAGCACCCAGGGUCGCAGGGCUCCCCCCAGCACCAAACUUGGUUCGCUCGCGCAAACGAGUCGAGAACAAUGACGCCACCUGCGUCUGGCGCCGUCGCUUGCCCUCGACACUCACGACAAAAAGACCAUCAGUCAUCAGUCACGCGAGGGCGAUUAAUAAUGCAGCAAAGGAAGUUCUUGUUACUGUAGUAUAUUCCUGUUUUUUCUUGCGUCGAAUGCACAAGCGGCCGUUUCUUGCCCACCCCGUUCCAGGUCCCCGUCUAUCCCCCGCGAGAACCGCCCGAGCCCGCCGCUAUCCUGUAAAUGCUUUCUAG